UGCAAAACAUUCUGCAUACAAAAAACAACAUUCACCAGCACGCACGUGUCGCACACAGUUUGUAAAAAAAAUAAAGGUGAUUGGUGUUAGAACAUAACCCCAACUACCACCAAGUGCCCAAAAGAAUCCCUCGGUACCUAAGGGUACCCAGGCAAUCUUGAACCCAAGACAGGGAAACAAAGUUGUGAAACAUGCGUAUCGAAACGUGCUACUUUUGCUCGAGCAAAAUAUAUCCCGGACAUGGUGUGCAGUUUGUGAGAAAUGAUUGCAAGAUAUUCAAAUUUUGCCGUGGAAAAUGUCACAAGGCGUUCAAGCGCAAGAAGAACCCACGCAAGGUAGGCUGGACUAAGGCACAUCGUAAGGCGGCAGGCAAGGAGCUGGCCAUCGAUCCCAGCUUUGAGUUUGAGAAACGUCGUAAUGUGCCCAUCAAGUAUAGCCGCGAAACUUGGCAGAAGGCCCUGGUUGCCAUUAAAAAGGUUACCGAGAUCAAGGAACGUCGCGAGAAGCACUUUGUCAUGGAGCGUCUACGCAAGGGUCGCCAAAUUGAGAUUCAAAUGGAUGUCAAGGAUGUACAACGCAAUAUGUCGUUGAUCCGUUCACCAGCCGCGGGUCUUAAGGAGCGUCGUGCCAAGGAGGAGGCAGAAGAGGCAGCCCUAAUGGAAGAGGAUCUGCCUGAGGAGAAGAUUACUUAUGUAGAUGCGCGCGAACUGGAGAGGAAACUCGAAGAAGGCAUGGACAUAAAUGAUUUGGAGAUGUUAGAAGCUUAAGCAGAAAGGGAAAUGAUAUAAUUUUCUGAACAGAUGUAAAUAGUUUUUAAGUUGCUAAAUAAAGUACAGAAUAUGUACAUAUA